UUGUUUUGUUAUAUCAUUGUUUCAGAUCAAGUAGCAACUUAUUUUGUUGGUAUUAUACCUAGUGAAUUUUAUGUCGCACUUGGUAAUCGUGAUAUUACGACCUUUCGUUUAAUUGCUGCAAAAGCAACAUUGCUUAUUUUAUCAAAAGCUUUGACAUUAUCAGCUGUUAAAUACACUACAUCUCAACUAUUUUUGAAAUUUCGCGAAAUUGCCGGAUUUACACUUCAUCGGCUAUAUUUCAAGCGACAAGGCUAUUAUCGUUUAAAUGUACUUGAUGAUAAUUUUGAUAAUCCGUAUGUUUUGUCCUUCUUAUGA